GGAGGGAGCCAGGAGAGCGCGGGCGUCCUCUGGGCUGGGAGACUUCCCUCCAUGUGGGGUGUUUGGUGGAGCAAUCCGGCAUGGCUGAGGCGCAGCAGGUCCGGGUGCAAGAGGCCAUCGACGGCAUGGUGCAGGGUCUAGAAAGAGAGACCAUCCGGAAGAUGCAGGGAAUCAUGUUCAGGUGCAGUGCUGCGUGUUGUGAGAACCCCAAGGCCUCCAUGCAGCAGGUCCAUCAGUGCAUCGAGCGCUGUCACACGCCCCUGGCACAAGCACAAGCCAUUGUCACCCAGGAGCUGGAGAGAUUUCAGGAUCGCCUCUCUCGCUGCACAAUGUACUGCAACGACAAAGCUAAAGACUCUUUGGAUUCAGGGAGUAAAGAACAGCAGGUCAAGGCACAGCUGGAAAACUGUGUGACAAAGUGUGUGGACGAACACGUCCACCUCAUCCCCAGCAUGACCAAGAAAAUGAAGGAGACUUUAGCGGCCAUUGCUCAGUAGACUUGCUGGCAUUGCGGCAGGACGGCAAAGAGUCACCCAUUUUAAAAAAGAAAACUUGGGAUGGGUGCAACAACUGGGGAUUUGGAAAGGAAGGUCAGGUGCAUCCAGGGUGACUCGGAGUUUGGAGGCCUGAUGUUGGUUUGGUAAGGAGGCUGCCUGGUGUGGGGAUGAGAAAACAAGCUCAUAUGUUCACAGUUCUCUUGGUCUCUGAUGUGUAUGUGCAGACUACUCUUGAUAGCAGUGUUUCCUGACUCCUGAAAGGGACAGAAAAAGCAUGGCAAAUGUGUGGCAGGGAUGGAACCUUCAUAGGUGCUAACAUGUGUGUCCCUGGAUAAGUGUUGCCCCAUUUCAGCACUGUCUGUGCAUACUUUUCUGAGGCUGUCUUGCAGAUAUAUCUCUGACAUGCCCUGCAGAAGCACAUCAGCUCUGUCCCUGUUUUCCAUGGAAGGAGCUGGGAUGCUGCAACCUCUCUUCCUAUGAUGAGAUGAAAUUUUAAUAACAGACAUAGCAGUGAUUAAACCAAAUCAUGCACAGAUGUGAAUCCCUCGAAGCUGAGGCCCAGUGUAUGUGCUUAGCAGAAUCAAGUGAUGAAGUGUUUUCUGGACUCUACCAUUUGUAUUGCUUUCAUGUUUAAAUGUUUCAUGGAGUGGUGGGGGUGGUGGGACACUCACUGCAUAUUGAAAGAUCAGGAGGAAACAUAGUGCGAACCCUUCUUGGCAUGUAAGUUUUCCACAUGUAGAGUGUGGGUGUGUUUCCCAUGAGGACCAUUUUACUGCAGUCUUACCAAGUCCAGGAAAUCUUUAUCACUUGAAUGGUUAGGAAAAAUGGGUUUCCAAAAAUUUCUGUUUGGAAUUUUGAUUUUGCUGGAAUGCUUGGGUUCUGUCAUUGACAUAUGAAUAUUGCCAUAUCCUUCUGGUAACAAUGGAAAGUCAUCCCAAAGCCAAAAAUAAAAUUAAAAUCUUCUAUUUUUC